ACAUUGCCUCCAUUUUGCUCUCAUGUGUAUACGUGCGUGCGCAGUGUCGGUGUCAACUGUAGAGAGACAACAAGACUGAAAGCGGAGACACUGAGAAUUUCUUCAGAAAUGGACGGGUAAUUCAGUUUCUGCGAUAUCUUUGAUUCAUUAUCUGUGUUUUAGUUACUACAGAGCGCAAAUUAUGUGAAUGGGUCAUUUAAUGUGGAGGCUGAAGAUGAGUUGUACGCUUCUGUUAACGGGUUUCCAUAGCCACGCGCUCUCUUUCAUCAAGGAAGUGCCUAACGCUAGCAUGUUAGCAUAACUUAGCAACUGGCGGCUAUUGUUUCCAGUUUCUGCACUCGGUAGUGAUCCAUUAUCGAAUAUAACGCGUGGCUUAUGCGUUGGUGUACCCGUGCGUCGUGAUUAAAGUGUUUCAUAACGUACCCUUCGCGUAGAUAUUUUACAACAGGGUGCUAAUGAAUGCUAGUUAAGUUUAGCAAACCGUUAUGCUAGCCCACGUAACGUUACAGUUAGGUGGGUCCUUUGUGUUCAAGCUAACUGGCUUCAAGUGACCAAUCGGGUCUGCUAGAUCUGCAGGAACUUAUGACCGGCAUGAGACUCACCCUCGUUUGAAGUAUUGUGUUGCAGUAUUGAUGGGACAUAAAUGAUAUAUCACAUGCUAUUCGAAAAAGAGCAUACAUGUAAGCUCUGGACGCUUCUCUUAGGUAUAUAAAAAACACAUUAAGUGCAUUCGGGUGUGUCACCAAAGACAGGUUGACAUUGUUUAGGAGAAGGAGAAGGAUAGGAGAAUAAUAAUAAAUCUAAAGUCAUAAGAGCUUAUCAACAUGAAAGCUAUACUGUUGUUGCUAAAUACUGCAUUAGAGAUCAUCCUGUAAGAGAGAAGUUUUUACUGAUGUGUUUAAAAUAUCAAUAUGCAUCAGUAAAACCUUCAUAUUUCAGAAUCUUCUGAGUUAAAAGUGCAUUACAAUGGGUAACUGUUGCUGUUUUCCAGGUGUAAAACCAUUAUCUGAUCGGAUUACAUAAUCCAAAAUGUAGUAGUGGGUACCCACUCCUGGUAUCUGUGCCAAAGUACAACUAAAAGGCUUAGAUUUCUUGGGUUUAAGACUUUUCUGUAUCUGGCACUAGUUUCUACAAAUCACGCAUUCAUUCGCUUAUUGUUCUACUUUGCGGUUUGUUGUUAAUUAUGUAACGCUGCUGAACAGGAAGGGGGAGAUUACACAUGUCAGAUACUGACGAGCUACAUUGCUGGGAUUAUGAUAAGAUUUAUUUACACCAGUGGUUCUCAGGUCCAGUCCUCAAGGCCCACUGUCCUGCAUGUUUUGGAUGUUUCCCUACCCCAACACAUCUGAUUCAAAUGAUCAGCUCGUUGUAAAGCCAUCACAGAGCUUGAUAACGAGCUAAUCAUUUGAAUCAGGUGUGUUGGAGCAGGGAAACAUGCAGGACAGUGGGCCUCGAGGACUGGACUUGAGAACCGCUGAUUUACACCAUCAUAAAUUUCUGAAGAGAAUUUGAUUCCACUCAAAAUACUUUUUAGGAGUAAUGUCACAUAUAUUUUGUCUCGUGUUUUCCUUGUUAUUGCUUCAUUUUUAAGUCAUGCACUUACAAGAAAAUAAUCACUAAUGGUUUUCAUGUCAAAAAUAAGGCAGUAAAUAUUGUAUAAAACCUUUCCAAAAUGUAUCUCAGGAAAAUACGAUAUGUUUAAAGUUUCAUAAAUUCAUAGUAUAAAUAAGGAAAAACUCAUUUAAUAAACAAAGCGGCACCCAAAGGAAAUCAAAAAAUCCAUCUACAUUUCCAUAGAUUCUUUUCAAUUGGACUGACAAUGUCUGUUCUAACAACAGGUGAGCAGAGUGUGUAGGCAUUAAACAAAACAUUAAAUGAAAGAACACACUAGGGGACACUUCUCUUUCUAACCAUUUCCUUCCCUCUUUUAACAGCAGGAAGUGUGGACACUAUUAGCUCAAAGUCCAUGAGAAGUACAGAGAGAGAGGAGAUGGUUUACUUAUUUUUGCAUAGCAGUGAGUGAUCUUUCACAGAAAAAAGCUAAAAUAGUCUGCAUAUUUACUUUGAAAGGCCAUCCAAGUAUCGUGUGUGAAACAUUGGCCACACAUGCUGCUGCCAUGUUUGUCCAGCUAAACUUGGAGGGAGACACUUAAUGAGCUAGAACAAAAUAAAUGAAGUGCAGAUAGCUUCCUCUGCUAAUGGAAAAGGGUGAUUACAAUACAUUCAGCAUCUUACCUGUUCUUUUCAUUGAAUACACCAACAAAUGUUAGACUAUCCUUUGUCACACCCUGCAUCCGUGUCUUUUGUGUUUGACAGCAAAGCUUUUGAUUGUAUUUUUUUUACUGUUUAAAGCUGUUAUUUUAACAAAAUCAAAAUGGUUUGUCUUUCAGCAUCAGUGAUGUUGCAGUUGGCGUGAAGGUGAGUUUGCUACUUGUUUUUUGUUUGUGGGUACUUUUGGUAUUAAAAAACAAGCCUACCUAGUGUUGUUAUUUUUGUAGCGUGGUAAAAGACCAUGAAAUUGUGUAGCACAUACACUAUUGUGAUUUAAAAAAACAAAAUUCCUUGAACAAAGAAAGGUAACACUUGAACAGAUCUGGAUUCUCUGGCACCUGCAGCUUGUUCAACAGGUUUUUUUAUGUAAUGGUGAGACUGGAAAACUGUUCAAAAGAAACAGUUAAUCAAGAAAUGCUCCUGUUGAGUUCAGUGUUUUUGCAUAAGCCACAGUGUAAAAGAGUAGUGGUUCUCAAGUCCAGUCCUCGAGGCCCACUGUCCUGCAUGUUUUGGAUGUUUCCCUGCUCCAAUACACCUGAUUCGAAUGAUUAGCUCGUUAUGAAGCCAUUACAGAGCUUGAUAACGAGCUGAUCAUUUGAAUCAGGUGUGUUGGAGCAGAGAAACAUCCAAAGAGUACCUGGAUUGUUCCAGACCAAGGGUAUUCAUUUAAGGUUCAAACCAAGUAUCAGAGACAAGUCUGACAGUAUUGCACUUGAGCGCUGAGAGUGUUGUACAAUAAGAUUGAAAAGAAAAGAGGAUGUUGGGGUUAUUAAAUAAUAGUUAAUUGUUUGAGUACACAGUGCGAGUGUGAUUUUAAAUAGACUGGGUAGGGCUUUAGGCUCUCAGCUGAUCUCCAAACAAACCGGUUUCUUUGUGGAAGCACAAUGUCGUUCCUGCUACCUAACUGGAUUUGUUCACUGCCAGCUGCAUUUCCGUCCACACUAAACAAAGUUAAAAUCCUCUUCUAAAGGGAAACAGGGCAGUCAUAAAAAUGACUUUUCUCAUAUGGUGGGUCAUUGCUGUCUUGUUUCCAUCAUCAAUAUUUCAUUGUCAUAGACAAAACGGAGAGGGUUGCCAGCUGUAGGGAGGAAAAUUUCUGCGUGGAUUUCUUUAGCUUGUACUCUGUGUUCACAUUUUGGCUCGAGUCAGACAACUUUAUCACCCUUAAGAUUUAUUUAUGCCAUGCCGCUGUAGCACGGCCCGCAACAUCUAGUUUAUAGUAACUAUAAAGAAUGUUAGUGACAGAAGAACAAUUGGUUCAAAUUCACUUGGUCAGAAACAAGAAGGUGUAAAAAGUUGUGUGUGUAAUGGGUCCCUAGCCAGGUUCUCCUUCAUCCCAUCAGUCAGGUUUAAGAGCACAGGGCGCCCAUCAGCUCCAGUAAGCCUCUGGGGACCCUGUAAAGCUCAGGAUAAAAUGACACAUCUUGACAUCUUAAAUUCAGCAAGAUUGAACUCACACCAAAAGGGGAGGAGCCAGACCUUUCCUCUGCUGUUUUAUAUCCCUUUGCACCCACUCCUCUAUCUUCCUUUUCGUUCUUUAAACACUCUUCAGAGACCUGUGCUUUAUUGCUGUUUUUGAGGCCAGUCUGGAAAAUGGAAAUAUUUUACCCAUCGUGUCUGAUCUGAGCCUGACUUUCUCCUGUGUGUGUGUGUGUCUCUUCUUUCUGCAGAGAGGAUCAGAUGAGCUGAGUAUGUACAACAGUCCCAACUCUGGCAUGAGCAGUAUCAGUGGUGAGUUCGUUCCGACCACCCCUGAAUAGGGAGGGGCUGGACAGAAUUUGCAUUAUGCAAUUGAAUUGGGAAUGACGAUUGGCAUGAUAAGAAAUUCAGUAUAUGUUCGAGGAGUUGAAGAGGACCGUGUGAGGAGAAACGUUCCUUUAUGGGAGCCAUUAAGUAUGUGAAUAACAUCACGCUCCUCUGUAGGUGGGCACCCACACACCACAGCAUGUGACUAGAGCAGACGUAGUGGGUACCACUGCAUUUUAAUGCCUCCUCACAGUCAAAAUGAACCCAGAAACAACGCAAAGAAAUAUCAAGAAUUAUGGUUGACAGAGACCUGCUUUAAAAAUAAGAUUGUCAGAAUAUCAAACAUUACACAAAUAUUACGAUUUUACUGCCCACUGAAGAAGUUUGAUCUUUUAUCAUAGUCCCAGUCUAAAGGCUGCUUCAUAACAUUCCCAUUCAAUGCAGUGUUCACCCAUAGGGCCUGUUUAUAUAGUUAAUACAGUAUAACUCAAUGAUAGUGAUAAUUAUAUGAGUGAAUUUAAGUUAUAAUGUAGCUAGAUAUUUCCCAAGGAAAGGUGAAGAAUCCCAGAAUCUGUCUACAUUAUUAACCACUGAUUCUCUAACAUCAUCAGAUCUGGUGGUGUAGAUUAUGUGGAUAGAGGUUUACUCUUUCAUCUAAUAAGAACAGGGCAGAAAUCAUUCAUUACCUUGCAUAAUUUGAUAAGUUAAGUCACAUGUUGCAAAACAAGCAUCAUUUUACUCCACUCAUUCGGUGUUUGUUUUCAGAUCUGUUAUCACACACAAAACACUGACAGCCCUCCUCCUUUUAUACACAUAUGAUGUACCUUGCUCCACCUUUUACCUCAAUUCUUCUCUUUAUAUGUCAAGUUUUCUGCAUUAUAUUUGGUUAGCCAACAAUAGCCUUCGAUAGCCUGCCCGGGGAUCGUCUUUGUGUGAUAAAGGCCGGCAUAGCAGGGGAUGUUAGCUUAUUUAGACCUAUUUAGGCCAGAAACUGCUACUAGUCGACUACCAUGACGCGGUUGUGAGACUUCAUUGCAUCUGUCUGUGCCUUGAUCACUCGCUCCAUAUAACAUUGAUUGACUUCCCUGGUUUUAUCCAGAAAAUCCUACUUUCAAUGACGUCUGCAGUCUCCAAACUAUUCCACCUCCUGAACAGAACUCCUCAUAAGAACACACAUUUACAAAUCAGGUGUGGUUGAGACCACACUGACCCGAACGCACUAGGUUGUUAAGUUGGUUCCAAUUAGCUCAAAACUAAAUAAAUACGCCAGAGAGGUUUUGGAAUAACUAAGCCCGCUCCUUUGCAGUAAUCAGAUCCCAAAUUUUACUUGAAGUGUGAGUCAUUGUUUAAAUCAGCAUAGUUAAUGCAUUACUAUAUUAAUAUUUUUAGAUGGGACUUCGAACGGCAGUGACAGCAAAAAGCUAAGGGUGGAGGAGGCCCCACCAUCCCGCGUGCUCCACAUCCGAAAACUGCCAAACGAGGCCUCAGAGACUGAAGUCAUUGCUCUCGGUUUGCCUUUUGGCAAAGUCACAAAUAUCCUCACACUGAAGGGGAAGAACCAGGUGAGUGGAGGAAUCAGAUGAAUAAAGUGCAACUUCAAAACCCAAUUAUCAAACAUAAGACUUCAGAUUUAGAUGAUACAUUUAUUUAAAGGGGCCUUUUUCAGUCUGCUGAGAAGAGUUUCUUCCUUGGUUUACAGUCAAGUACACUUGUUUUUUCUCAAAGAGUGUCAGUGUCAGUGUGUCAGUUUUAACUGAUCGGAAGCUGGCUCAUUUCACCAAUGAGAUAACCAUCUAUUUUUCUGUAAUCGAUCUUAUGUUGCCACCGCAGUGACCUGAAGAAUAAGAGUUUAGUAGUCAAGCCUGUUUGUUUAUCUGUCUGGUACAUUCUGACAGUGCGAGUUUUAAUUGGAUAAAAGUAGGCAGCUUGUUACAUCCUAAUGAUAACAGCAGUAAGAUGAUUUCUGAAGUGGGUUUUCUCUGAUCUUUCUCUUCAGGCAUUCUUGGAGAUGGGAACAGAAGAGGCAGCUAUCACGAUGGUUAACUAUUACACCACAGUAACCCCUCAUGUUCGCAAUGUUCCUGUUUUUAUUCAGUACUCCAAUCACAAGGAGCUGAAAACUGAUGCUGGCAAUCAGGUAAGCAAAGUUAGACUAAUGAACAAGUGUUAAAAGAGAUUCUGCCAAGACCGUGCAGGUUUUUCACUUUAGAGGAGCGCAACUGCCCUUUUCACGAAUUUAACACACUUGUGUUGCAGAAAAGCUUCUUAUGCAAAAAUGCUAAGUCCUGUGCCUGGCUGGCUCUGGGUUCAGCUGUUAGUUUGGCUGUCAAAAUGCUUUUAGGUAUUGAUGAAGGUUGAGCCUUCAAAAAUGAUUCAUAAAAAAUUAAUGCCACCUUUCUCAUCUCGAACAGCUAGACAGAUUAACUCUCAGAGUACUGAACAAAUUAGGUCACCAGCUUGUCUGUCGUUAAGAAAGUGACCAUUAUGAAAACCUGUGUUUGGUCACAGCGGACUCAGGCAGUCCUCCAGGCAGUGUCAGCGGUUCAGUCCGGUGGGUCACCGAGCUCAGAUGUUCAGGAGGCUCUCGCUGCAGCCUCGAGUCCUGUCCUGCGGAUCAUUAUUGACAACAUGUUCUACCCCGUGACACUGGAUGUACUACAACAGGUAUGCGACAAAAUCAAGUCACUGUGUCAGAAUUUGUGUUAUUUCUUAUGUCUGCUAUUUUUACCUGACAAAUUUGUAUUUUUUUGAAAAUCUUUCGGCAGAUUUUCUCCAAGUUUGGCACAGUCAUGAAGAUAAUCACAUUCACAAAGAACAAUCAGUUCCAGGCGCUUCUGCAGUUCAGUGAUCCUGUUAAUGCGCAGCAGGCCAAACUGGUGAGAAGUGGUUUGCCUGCAUUUUUUUCUAGCAUUUUAAUAACUACUUACCAACUGUCUCCUAACCUGUUUUUUAGUGUCUUGUAACAUCAGAAGACAGUCAAAAUACAGAGUGAUGAUGUUUUUUUCCCCCCUCUGCUAGGCACUUGACGGCCAGAACAUCUAUAAUUCAUGUUGCACACUGCGUAUUGACUUCUCUAAGCUGGUCAACCUAAAUGUCAAGUACAACAACGAUAAGAGUCGUGACUACACACGACCAGAACUGCCCGCUGGUGACGGCCAGCCGAGCAUUGACCCCACUGUGGCCGCUGCCUUCAGCAAAGACUCAAACUCCCUCCUCGGUAAGAUUCCAGGUAGAUCACGCUUUUUUUAUUCUUCCAUACAUCAUCUUGUUUUUCCCGUGUUAAUGCUGGCUUAAUGCUUUUCAGAGUUAUAUGAUCAGAUCCCCAAAUUUAAUCUCAAAGUCUGGUGUACGCUUCUAUUUUUUAAAUCUCUGUAAAAGGAUUUAAAAACUUGUAAAAAGCUUUGUCAACUUUACGAAUUGCAAAAAUAAACAAUAGUAAAUACAUUUUAAAAAGCCAGUUGUGUCCCUGCUCAGUUUUGUAACGCUGUUCCGUCAAAGUGCCGCUCUCCACGCCAUGAUUAUAUUGUCUUCUCCCUGUCAGGAGCCCUGAACCCCCUGAGCGCGGCAGCUGCUGCAGCUGCUGCUGCAGGAAGGGUGGCCUUGGCUGGACAGGCGGGGUCCAGCGGGGUUCUGCUGGUCAGCAAUCUCAACGAGGAGGUCAGUAACACAACAAGGCACACACACACACACAUCAGUCAUGUGGCCCAUCUGAAGCUUGAAUUCCACUUCUCCUCCCAACCACCUCCACCCCCUUGUGUUUUUUUUUUCUCUCUUUUUUUUUUUUUUGAAAGUAGUUUUUACACUGGUUAUGACCAAUGUCCUCCUGUGCUACUGUUCCCAUUGUCAUUACAAAUGUACUCUUAGGGAGUCUGAUACUUGAGAUUUUUCACGAGUGAAUUCAAGUUCUUCUAUUAUAACAGAGACUUUGGUGUUGCUUAGGAGGGACGUUUUUGGCAGCAAUACCUUUGGUCGAGCUUCUUGCUCUUUCUACUUAUUUCCCUCGUAGGAUUUGUUCCACUUAAGCGAGGAAACUACUCCAAUUUGAAAAAAAAACAACAAACUCCUGAUACUUUUAUGCCCGAGUAAAACAUUUUAAUCCACAGAACUUAGAUUUUUGUGAGCAAUUAGAUGUGUCUUCUCUGUGAUAGCUGCUAAUCAGCUGUCCAAAGGCAUAAUUGAAACAGCACCUGAGGAAUACAAACCCUGUGAAGUGACAGACCUCACCUAUUGUUAUUCCAAUUAGUUUUGAUUCGGGGACAGAACAUUUUGUCUAACCUUUUUCUUUGCUGUAUUUUCUAGUGUCCUUUUCAUGCCCAGGGCCUUUCUGUUUUUUUUUUUUUCCUCCUUAUGGUCAAGUCUCAUUAUGUCCCCCUAAAAAGCGAGAGGGUUUGCUGUUUCUGUCACUGCACCAGAACCCUCCCCCGUUUUCCCUCCUGCAAUGUUCUGCCCUUCCCUCCUCUUGUCAAACUGUAUCUAAUUCAGCUAACUGUCUCUCUUCUGUUUUUCUCUCUAAGCUCUCUUCACCUAUCUUCAGCUCAUAUGAAAGCUCAUAUGAAAUCAUUCUGUGGUCUUCCUAACCUGUUUCUCAGUCCUGGGAACAAACACCUGCCUCUCUGACACACUUGCUACCUGUCUUUUCUCCUCCCUUUCUCUCUUAUUUUUUUUUUGUCGCCAAAUUCUAUUUUAUUUGUUUUUACCAAAUGCUUCUGCCACUUUUUGUCAUCAAUCUCUUCUCUUGUCUGUAAAUGAAUGUGUCAUAGCGGAGCCUCCGACAGUAUCUCAACCAUUCCAACUCAACCCUGAUGUGCAGAUACUGUUCUCGAGCUUUCUUUUAGCCCCUCAGACUUGUGUGAAUGCCACGUUUUACUCGAGUGGCCUUCACGACAACUCUCGCAUGCUUCUUGUCACAGCUAAUCCAAUUCUCUAACUGCAUGGUCUUUUAACUAAUUUCCCCCCUCAGCUCACAUUUCUCGUACCAUUUAACCCCUGCUGAAAGAUUGUAGCUCUUCUGAUUUUCAACCUGCUGCAUGUUGUCUAUAUCCCAUGGUUAUGAGUUUAUAUUGCUGAUUUUAUUAUGAUUUUGACUUGAAUGUACCUUUUACCCCAUGCUUGUCCAGGGUGAAAGACAUUUUGGCGCAAGUUAUUUGCUGUAUUUUGACUAAAGAAAACAUUGAUCCAAGCCAUUAUCUCUGACCAAACUACCUGCAUUAUUCCAGUGUACUGACCUAUAUUUUAUUUUUUGUCCCUCCCCCCUCCUCACUUUUUAUUUUUAAUCUUUCCCCAUUUUGCAUUGGCCUCCCUGUUCAUCUCCCUCCCUCUCUCUCUAUCCCCCGAAACCCCACCCCGCCCUCCCUCUCCAUUCCUCCUACCUCCCCCUCCACUCAAUGUGCUGGCGGGGGGGACCUUUACCCCCUUAAAAAUCACCUUCUCCCCUCACCUCCUUCUCCCAUAUUAACCACCCACAACCCCUCCAAAAUUCCCCUCCAUGACUCCUCCUCCUCCUCCGCUGCCUGCUCCCCUCCUCCAUGACCCACCACCUCCAUCACUCUACGGGGGGAAAACAAAAACCACCAUUCCUCCUACCUACCUCCGCUCUGGAUCGAUCUGUCCAUCUCUACCUCCGCUCCGCUCCGACUCUUCUACCUCUCUACCUGUCUCACGCUGCUUGUUGCUCUUCUCUCCCUCUAAAGAUGGUUACGCCCCAAAGUCUGUUUACCCUCUUCGGUAUGUUAUCGUUAGCUCUCUCUCUCUCUCUCUCUCUCUCUCUCUCUCUAUCUCUCCUCUCUCUUCUCUCUCUAUCUCUCUUACUCUCUCUCACUUUCUCUCUCUCUCUCUCUCUCUCUCUCUCUCUCUCUCUCUUAUACCUUCUCUUUUUGUUAAAUUUUGUUCCAUAUGCAAGACAUUAUUACUAUUAUUACCAUUAUUAUUCUAAUUAUGAUUACUGUACGCUUUUGUGUAUAUUGCUUUACACAUAAUAGCUUGUUUGAUCAUUUCUCGAACAUUCCCCUCCUGAUUUUUGGUUUGGGUUAAUGUUAAUUCCAGUAUUUCUAAACUUCCAACAUAGUAAUCUGUGACUGCACGGUCAAGUCCUUUAGUUGUGCAUGCUGUAUAUUUUUGUAGCCAUCUGACACAGCUUGAUAACUCUUCUGUUUGGAGGGUGUCUCUUCUCUCCUCUCUCUUUACACACCUCUCUCUCUCUCACUCUCAAAUUUCUACUGUAAAUUUCUUGUGUGUAGUCUGCUUUUCUCUCUUCUUUGUUUCUUGUCCUUUAUAUAUCCUCGUCUCCAAUGCUAACUUUGUGUUUCUCUAACUGUCUGCUUUAUCUCCACCUCACUUCUUCUUCUCCUGCCUGCCUGUGGCUCUAAUUCAGGAGUGUACGGAGAUGUCCAGAGGGUGAAAAUUCUGUACAAUAAGAAGGACAGCGCUCUCAUUCAGAUGUCGGAUGCCAACCAGGCCCAGCUUGGUAAGCAGAGGCCAUGAACUCCCAAAUUUAACUGGCUUUUAAUGCUUUUCCCAGUGUUUUUUUUUUUUUCUAACCAGAGCUCAAUCCUAUAACUGAUAUAUUAUUACUGGUCCUUAGCUUUGUAUUUUAACUUGAGCGUCUGAUAUCCCAGCAUGCCAAGCUGCCAGUUAAUCCAGCGACGAGUUCUAUGUAGUUUUGGUAAAUAAUUGCUAAUGACCACAAUUAGGGGUGUCCCAAUACGAUAUUGAUAUCGGUCCGAUAUCAGCAAAAAAGUAGAUCGGAUUACAUUGGCCUGCAUCGAAGAUCUCCGAUAUCUGCCCUCCGAUACAAGCAGUCCAUUCCACUCUUGGGCACCUCUAUCUCGCAGCGCCCUGAUCCAGCAAGCUGAGCACACAAAAUCACAGCAACAGUGUAUACUGAGGUACCAACAAAGUAGCAAGGAGUAAGAGUGAUGUCAGCCUUGUGGCAGUGUUUUUUGUCAAAAGGUCCUUACACACAAGGAAUGAGGCAAAUAUACGACGCGAAAUUACAAAAUAUUCAGAGGCGAAUUUCGAGACGCCUGACUAUACACGUCAAGCGCAAUGUGAUUUUGUGACUUUCCAGGGAGGAAAAGACGCGUCCCUGGUGAAAAGUGAGAAGAGUGACACAACAGCACACUGACUGUUUUUCAGUUCUGAUUAGACACUAGUGUUAAGAUGUCUGUCUGUCAUGAUAGCAUGUAAGGGGUCGGGGCCAGUACCAGAUAAGUAAAUUAAACUAUAAUCCAUAAACAUAAGGUAACAACUGAGACCUAAUGGUGCUGUGACAGCAACGUGAUUGAGUUUGAGACAGUGAAAAUACAUAUGGUAUCUUUGUAUCUGCACAGGUUAGCUUACGAGCUAAAGUUACUUAGCACUGAUGAAAAUUAAAAUGAAGACGUUAUUGUUAAAAAAUACAUCAAUACCAUCAUGACAGGCAGCAGCAUCUUCACCGCUCACCACCUCUUCUCUCCUCAGCAAUGAGCCACUUGAACGGCCAGAAGAUGUAUGGAAAGAUCAUCCGGGUCACACUGUCCAAGCACCAGACUGUGGCACUGCCUCGGGACGGCCUGGAUGAUCAGGGCCUGACGAAGGACUACGCAAACUCUCCACUCCAUCGCUUUAAGAAACCUGGCUCAAAGAACUUCCAGAACAUAUUCCCACCAUCUGCCACCCUCCACCUCUCCAAUAUCCCGUAAGUUGGGCUGUGAGCUCAGUAUGAGUCACAUGUAAGAUUGAAUGGUGAUUGAUACUGCCUCUUUCAAAUGCAGUGACAAAAAGGGUGGCAACAUACUUAUGCAUACUAUAAUAUCAGGGGCUAUUUAACUGAGCUCAGGAGUGUGCCGACUGUAACCUGUGAACUUCUAUUUCUAACAGGCAAGAUGUGACUGAAGAAGACCUGCGGCUGCUUUUCUCCAACACUGGAGGCACUGUGAAAGCAUUCAAGUUUUUCCAGUACGUAGAGCUCUCUUUCACUGACAGUUGGCAUGUACCCACUGAGCAGGACCCGACAAUAGUUUGUGUUCAUAUGUCAUAGUCCAGUGUUUGUUUCUUUCGGCUCUAACCAGCGUUAUAAAUUUUCAGGGAUCGUAAAAUGGCUCUGAUCCAGAUGUCGACAGUGGAGGAGGCGACCCAGGCCUUAAUCGACCUUCACAACUACAACAUGGGGGGCAACCAGCACCUGAGAGUCUCUUUCUCCAAGUCCACCAUUUAAGAAUUGGAUCCACAAACUCCUGACAGUACCAGGGUUUACUGUCUCUGAGCUGGCUGUCAGCAGCCGUGCAGACUUUGUCUGGACACUGUGGGGCACAUUGAUUGAAUCGGUUUUGUUGUUGGGGUUUCGUUGAUCCUGUCAUUCCUUAAGACUGAGACCUUUGACUUGCAUUCUUUUUUAAAGAGAACAACUGAAUACAUUGCAGAUACGGGAUCCUCCCAGCUAUUCUUUACUGUACCUCUGUAUUUUUAUGUCUAGCAAAAGAUUGAACAUGUUCCCCAUAUGAUAGUUUGAUGUAGAUCAGUGUUUUUAUUCCUGAUUUAGUUGAACAGAUACAGUAAUGUGCCUUACUUGACUUUAUCAACAGUUUGUACAGCUGGACAUGUUUAUUAACUACCCUCCUUUGCUUUUGAGGCACAUUGGUAUUCAAUAUUUUUGAAGGUGAGUGAAAAUGCAAUCCUCUGGACUCAAUUAUUUUCUAAAGCUCCACCGCAAAACAGGCAGAGCUUUUUUGGGUUUUCUUCUCAAGUUGUAGAUGCUCAACAUUUCCUUUUCAGUUUACCAUUUGGUGAGGAUAUUCCUGAGUUUUUAUAGCAGCCGAUUUCGGGCAGUUUCACUUGAAUUCCAAUAUUUCUCUGGUACUUUCAGUUCAAGAUUGUUCAGUUUUGAAGUCACAUGGCGUCACAUAUCACAACGUGGUUCAUGGCUAAGUAUUUCUUUGUGUUUUUCAAGCCUUCGAUGCUUUUUCCAUAGCAGUGGGGUGUAAUUGUCAGUGACAAUGGUUUUCUAAGCAUGUAUAGUUAUGAUAGGAUCUUACAUCAGAAAGUGUUGCAUGCUGUGGAAGCAGUUAGAAGAUGAAUCCACUGUGAUUUCAUUGUCAUGUGACAGUUUACUCGAGAGGGCUACUCAGUUGGACCAAAGUUUCUGUGCCUUUAGAGUUCCUUUAAUUCAUUUCAACAAAACAGAAAGCAUUUGAUGACACUGAAAGUUGCAUUUCAGGGGAAGAAUUGCAGAAAUAUUUAGCGGUGACUUUGUCCCACUUUGUUUCAAUACUCCACAGGACCUCUUGACUAAAAGUGUUUGCUCAGAAAUAAUAGUAAUGUAUAUUUUUUUUCUUCCAAGUCCAAUUUUAUACAGCUCAAAAUGUAAGGAUUUGAUAUAGUUUUAAAGAGGCACAAUUAAAGGAUGAAUUAUUUUCUAACAAGGAGAGGUGCGCCUUGGUUUCCUGCUUUUUGAGUUUUCCCUCAUGGUCUCUCUCGUGUAUUCUGCAUUACGUCUGUAGCAUGCCUAAUAAAACUAUUCUGUAGCUCUACAUUCACCUCCUCUGUCUCUCUUCUUCUCUGCUCUGUCUGCUCCGCUCACUUCUGAAACCAUCUUCAGUCCCAGGGUGGGAAGGAAGCCCAAAUUCAUUUUGGAGCCACUUGAAAACAAGCGCUAAUAAGCCAGAUUGAGCCCUCUGAUGGUACUAAUUCACAAGACAAGACGUACAUUUUGUUGAUGCGUUUCCCACCCUGCCAACUGACAAAAUCUAUAUCUUUGAUGUCUUGCUCUCCUCUCUUCUGGUAGUUGCCUAUUUUCUAAUCAGUCUCUCAGGGCCUCUGCUAUCCGCUAACAAUCUAUCUGAUCUAUCUAUUUGUUCUCACACCUUUAUCAAUUACCGAAGUGGCCUCAUAUUUCCAAGCUUUCUGCAUUUAAUGCUGCUGCCAGCUUUCAGCACUAUGGGUUAAAUUAUGACAGGAGUAAGCAUGGCUAAUGAGAUGCGUUUAGCUAAUUAAAGCUGCAUUAUGAAGGUGCAGAUUUCCAGUGUAAGAUCAUGUACAGACCGGUGUUUUGGACGCAGUUUUUGUCUUGUGGAAUCAAAAGCCACCAUUCAGUUCUGCAUUAAGAAACAAAAGCACCUUUUCCUUUGCCCUGGAGAAGGAACAGAAGUCAUUAUUCAAGUCAAAGGACUACUAAAGUAUAUCCCUGCUUUCUGCUAAUAUCAUUAUAUCUGAAAAUAACUGAGCCUGUUAAUUUCCUUUACCGCAGCUUGGAGCUUUUAUAGUGAAGCCAAGAUUUAACAGAACUCUCUGUACUAAUAACCUACCACCGCUUUUAUGAAAAACCCAUUUAAAGAAAGGUCACAGUGACUAAAUGUUUUUUUUCUUCCUGUGAUGUUUACCCCGCCCCAGCUCUUGUAUAACACUGAGGACACCGAGUUCAUGUCCCUUGUCUUUUUUUCUGCGAUUCAGAGUGUCUUGAUCCUGUUGGAGCUCUAAACUUUAGGUAAUGAUUUUUAUUCCCCCAACUUAAAAAUAAAUUUAGCCUCUUUGAGUUUGUUUGAACUUUUAUAGCCUACACUCCAGUGCAACCGAUCUUUCAGUGUGAGCGUCUCAACCUGGUUUCAUAAUCCAACUUCAACCACCUGAUCAAGACAACACCAAGUGCUCUAUGGUAACCCUAGAUUUGAUGCAUUGUGGGAUUGGUAUGAAUAAGGGCUGUUGCAAUAAACCCAAAUGACAAUAA